AUGGGAUCCACCACUUUGCCGUGUACCUACGAGCCUGCAGAAGGUUUCACCCAGCAAACCCUCAUCUGGAGCCUGGAGCGGGACGGCAGCAGCUCUGCCAUCUUUUGGAGGGAUGACUCUGGUGACCACGUCUUGUUGUCUCAGUUCCGAGACCGGGCCAGCGUCCCAAAGCACAGCCCUGGGGAUGCCUCGCUCCUCAUCGAGCACCUCGAAAUCCCUGACAGCGGCCACUACACCUGCCAGGUCACCUGGAGGUCUAAAAACAACAGCUUGGUGACAAAGGAGGUGACCACUAUGGUUAAAGUUGUCAAAGGUAAACCCAGCAAUUACGUCCUGCCCUUGUGCAUCCAGGCUGAUCCCCAGAGCCUGCAGGAGAAGCAGCGCUGGUGGAAUAGUCUUUAA